AUGCAGGGAGCCCGGGCGCUGCUGCUGCUGCCACUGCUGCUGCUGGGCCUCAGGCUACGGCUGACCCUUGGCAUCAUCCCAGAGGAGGAGGAGAACCCGGCCUUCUGGAACCAAAAGGGGGCCGAGGCUUUGGCAGCUGCUAAGAAGCUGCAGCCCAUUCAGACUGCGGCCAAGAACCUCAUCCUCUUCCUGGGGGACGGGAUGGGGGUGUCCACGGUGACCGCCACCAGGAUCCUGAAGGGGCAGAUGCAGGGCCACCUGGGACCAGAGACGCCUCUGACCAUGGAUCGAUUCCCAUACAUGGCGCUGUCCAAGACCUACAGUGUGGACAGACAGGUGCCAGACAGCGCAAGCACAGCCACCGCAUACCUAUGUGGGGUCAAGACCAACUACAAGACCAUCGGUGUGAGCGCUGCCGCCCGCUUUGCCCAGUGCAACACAACCUGGGGCAACGAGGUCAAGUCUGUGAUGUACUGGGCCGAGAAAGCAGGGAAGUCUGUCGGAAUUGUGACCACUACCAGGGUCCAGCACGCCUCGCCGGCAGGCACCUACGCACACACCGUGAACCGCAACUGGUACUCGGACGCCGACAUGCCCGCCUCAGCGCGCCAGGAGGGCUGCCGGGACAUCGCCAUGCAGCUCGUCUCCAACAUGGACAUUGACGUGAUCCUGGGCGGGGGCCGCAAGUACAUGUUCCCCAGGGGGACCCCGGACCCCGAGUACCCAAGUAACACUGCCCAGGGAGGAGCCAGGCAGGACGGGAAGGACCUGGUGCAGGAGUGGCUGUCCAAGCACGAGGGCUCUCAGUACGUGUGGAACCGCACAGAGCUGCUCCGGGUGUCCCAGGACCCGUCCGUGACCCGCCUCAUGGGCCUUUUUGAGCCUUCUGACACGAAAUUUGAGAUCUCCCGAGACCCUGAGCUGGACCCGUCCCUGGUGGAGAUGACGGAGGCAGCCCUGCACGUGUUGAGCAGGAACCCCAACGGCUUCUACCUCUUCGUGGAGGGGGGCCGCAUCGACCACGGCCACCACGAGGGGAGUGCUCAUCUUGCCCUUACUGAUGCGGUCAUGUUCGACUCCGCCAUCGACAAGGCCGGGCAGCUCACCAGCGAGCAGGACACCCUGACCCUCAUCACCGCCGACCAUUCCCACGUCUUCACGUUCGGGGGCUACACCCUGCGGGGGACCUCCAUCUUCGGGCUCGCCCCCUCCUUAGCCUCAGACUUUAAAAACUACACCUCCAUCCUGUACGGAAACGGCCCGGGCUUCCCAUCCGCUUCCCCCAGGCCUGAUGUCAGCAACAGUGAGAUUGGUGACCCCAAGUACCGGCAGCAGGCGGCCGUGCCCUUGGCGUCAGAGACCCACGGCGGCGAGGACGUGGCGGUGUUCGCGCGCGGCCCGCAGGCGCACCUCAUGCACGGCGUGCAGGAGCAGAGCUACAUCGCGCACCUCAUGGCCUUUGCCGGCUGCCUGGAGCCCUACACCGCCUGCGGCCUGCCGCCGCCCGGCCAGAGCGCAGCCACGGAAGCCCCCACGGACGCCCCCACGGACGCCCCCGCGGACGCCCGCGCGGACGCUGCGCCGCCUUCCCUGGCGCUGUUGGCCGGGACCGCGCUGCUCCUGCUGGGGGCGACCGCUGCGCCCUGAUCGCAGUCCCCGCCGGCUCCGCCCCGGGUCUCCCUGCACCCUCACCACCCUGGUUACAGGGGCCGCCAAACUGAACUGCGACCCCAUCCAUCCUCGUGCUGGGACCUCUGUCACUCACCCCAGCUCCUGCAGAGAAAUCCCCAGGGCCUGGCCAAGGCCCCUCCAGUCUGGGUAGUGACCUGCCUCAGAGCUCAGCGCUUCCUCCUCACCCCUGACUGCGCCUCCACCCACUGGGGUGCCCUGGAGCUCGUCUCCCUGCGUCCAUCUGAGGCCACAUUGACCCCUGUGUCCAUUGCUGCGGCUCUGGCACUGGGCUUCCAGACUGCGGUUGCCUGCACCCCAGGAAAGAGUUGAGACCGGCCACUCUGCACCCCACCUGCAGCAUGGGGACCAGUGGGCAUUGGCUCCGGGGUCCCCACUAGGCUGGCCUUGACUCUGGCUCACCUUGGUGAGCUGGAACCACUGAUUUAGGAACAAGGAUUCCCUGCCCUCCUGGGCCACCAUUCUCCUGGAGAGACAAAGUAACUAUAAAGAGAACUGUGAG